CAAUUAAAUAACUCUUAACUCACAACUCACAAGACGGUCCAGAAUCCCACCCUCUCAGUUCAAUCUGUGCAAUUUUGCUCAGUAUGGGCAAAGGCAAAGGCGAGAAAUGGCAGACUUUCUCUUUGCUAUUUGUUUUAGGGUUUUUGAUUUUUUUAAUUUCUCCAGUUUCUUCUUCUUCUUCGUCUUCAUCUCCGAAGGAACAACAAGAGAGCGAUAGAAUCGUCGAGCUCCCGGGCCAGCCGUCUAAUGUUAAUUUCUCUCAAUUCUCUGGCUACAUUACGGUGGACAGACAAGCGGGCCGGGCCCUUUUCUACUGGCUGAUCGAGGCCCCGUGGAGUAGUCAGCCAAGGUCGAAACCUCUCGUUUUGUGGCUCAAUGGUGGGCCGGGUUGCUCGUCCGUUGCCUACGGGGCCUCCGAAGAAAUUGGACCGUUUCGGGUAAAAUCCGACGGCAAAACACUCUACUUGAAUCCGGACGCUUGGAAUAAAGAAGCAAAUCUGCUCUUCCUCGAUUCACCGGCCGGCGUCGGAUUUUCUUAUACGAAUACUUCCUCCGAUAUAUACACAGUCGGCGACAAUAGAACAGCCAACGACACUUACAAAUUUUUGGUCAACUGGUUGGAGAGAUUCCCGCAAUACAAACAGCGGCCUUUUUACAUUGCUGGAGAAAGCUAUGCAGGCCAUUACAUUCCUGAACUAUCUCAACUCAUUGUUCGCCAUAAUAAGGGCUUGGAGAAUGCCACGCUUAACUUCAAAGGUUUACUGUUGGGGAAUCCUUUGAUAGAUGAUUAUCACGAUAAUAUUGGGACGCAUGAGUUUUGGUGGAACCAUGGAUUGAUAUCAGAUUCAACGUAUAAAGAUUUGCAGAAAUAUUGCCCAAAUGAAACGUUUUUGUUCCCGCGUGGUGAAUGUUACAUUGCUCUCUCUGCUGCUUAUUCUGAGUUUGGAGACAUCAAUCCUUACAGCAUUUACACUUCUCCUUGCUCUGCCACUGGUUCUCUCAAGAACAAUCUUAAGCUUCCUCUGCCAUGGACGUUCAGAGGAUCGGAUGAAUGCAUAAUUAAGUACACGAAAGUUUAUAUGAAUCGGUCGGACGUGCAAAAGGCUUUUCAUGUCAAUGUCGCUAAGAUUUCUAAUCCUUGGACGACUUGCAGUUCUGCCAUCAGGAGCAACUGGACCGAUUCUCCAAAAUCCAUGCUUCCCGUCUUCAAGGAACUUAUUUCAACUGGCAUUAGGAUCUGGCUGUACAGUGGUGACACAGAUGCCAUUUUGCCCCUAUCUGCAACAAGAUAUUCCAUCGCUGGUCUCAAUCUUGAAACGGACGUCGACUGGUAUGCCUGGUACGACGAUCAAUCAGAGGUUGGUGGGUGGAGCCAAGUGUACAAGGGCUUGAUCUAUGCAACAGUUCGGGGUGCAGGCCAUGAGGUCCCAAUGAGUCAGCCAAAAUUGGCUCUGAUAUUGUUAAAGAAUUUUUUGAACAACAGUACUUUGCCAGGACUAUUUGAUUUUUCAUAGAAUUUGUUGGUUAAAAUUUAAUAUAUACCCACAUAUAGCAGCAGUAGGAGAUUAGAUUAUAUUUUUGUCUCAAUUGUAAUGAAUUUACAUAAUUGUUGUCUUAUAUUUAUAUUGUAAUAAAUAAAAAUUCCUUAUGAUUUGUAUUUUGAAA